AUGAAGUUCAAACCCAUGGACAGCACCCCGAGCGAAGCCCUGCUCACAAAUUCCCUCGCUCUAUUCUCCUUCCUUGCAUCCGUCCUAGCCAGCCCAAUUUUGAUCCCAGACGCACCCAACUCUCUUUCCUCUAAAUCGUCUUGCGUUCUCGGCAAAUGUGGUCUUUCUGGCCAAUGCUUCAAAGCAGGUUCAUGCUUCGGCAUCAAUAUUUUUGACCCAGACUGGUCUCACUGUUCAAUUUGUUCCUGCCCAGGCCAAGGAUUUAAUGGACGUACUGAUCCUACGUGCGUUAUGGAUACUGGUUGCCUCACUGUCCAACUCGGUACCAAACCAGACCCUUGUGCCCAUAAACGCCACCAAUAUGAAGGCCGUGAAGCCAGCGCCAACCCAGCCCCUCAAAGAGACGGCGGCGUAAUUGACAAAUACCCCACCAAUCCAAAUAUCGAAGCACCAACCAAUAUCCCCGAAUCCACCCCUUUCACCAGCUACCUCGCAAGACGUUCUACUAUUGAAGCCGAUGCCCUGGAAAAGAAUGAGCAAUUAAAGCCAGAAUCGCACGUUUUACAUGAGCGGGAUGAGUUUAUGAAGGAGUAUGCUCGCCUCAUCGAUGACGGCCCGGGUGGACCGGUCACCCCUGAUGCCGCAAUGAUGGAGAGGCUGAGGUCGAUUACUCACCCCGGAAAGCGCGCUUGCUACACUGUUGAAAACGGAGCUAUAGUUAGCAGUGCCUGUGGCACUGUGGAUAAUAACGGCGACAUUGACGCGGGUGUCGAUGCGGAUGUUAACGUCGAUGUCAAGAAACGUGGUGGGUGCUUCACUGUCGAGAACGGAGUUAUAGUUGAGAAGCGCGGUGGCUGCGGAUCCGUGGAGCCUGACGUCGAAGGGGAUCCGCGAGACCCCCUGACUGCAGUGGCUGAAGGGGAUCCACGAGACCCCUUAGUUGCUGUCGCUGAAGGUGACCCACGAGACCCCCUAGCUGCGGUUGAAAAGCGUGGUGGGUGCUUUACCAUCGAGAAUGGGGUUAUAAUCGAGAAGCGCGGUGGCUGUGGGUUCGUAAAACCUGUCGUCGAAGGUGAUCCACGAGACCCCCUGACUCCCGUGGCUGAAGGAGAUCCACGCGAUCCCCUAGCUGCGGUUGAAAAGCGCGUUGGUUGCUUCGUGAAGGAAAACGGGAUCGUAUACGCGCAGCCCAAUUGUGAUGACCCAAAUCGCGGUGUUGGGCCGCCGUUCCCCCUUGCCGAGGGUGAUCCACGAGACCCCUUGACUGACGUGGCUGAAGGUGACCCACGAGAUCCUUUGGCUGCGGUUGAAAAGCGUGGCGGGUGCUUCACCGUUGAGAACGGGGUUAUAGUUGAGAAGCGUGGUGGCUGUGGGUCCGUAGAGCCCGACGUCGAAGGGGAUCCACGAGAUGAAUAG